UGAACAUUUUAAGAGGAAAGGGGGAAAAAAGAAGCGUCGGCGCAAUCAUUCCGACGUCAUCCAGGUAAACAAACAAGCCAAGUCGGGAGCAGGUAAAGGGAAGUCGGACGGAAGUACGCGGUGUGAAUUACUUCACAGCCAAGGUUGUCGGCGCUCAACCAUAUGAAUUGUCAAAGACGACUUUGUAUGUCUAUAUUUAAUCUCAAUACCUGUACGACGUAAUACCUUCAUUGUUCUAUUUUGUUUGGUGUAAACACAGAUUUUCAUUAUGAGUAACUAUAAAAAGUGUAAAUAACAUUGUUUUGAAUUGUACCCUACAUCCAUAAACAACUUGCGUCAUUUGUGUAUGGGAGACGACUAGAAAGGAGAUGAGUGUUUGUCAGCUACAGUCGCUGUCAUUGACGUCUGCUUCAGAUCCACGACGACAGUUCAGACACUCGACGUCUCCUGCUGGGCUCUGCAACUGGCAGCACCAGCGUCAAUUCAGUGCUUGCUUCCCGGUGACCGCAUCGGUGAGGGAUAUGUUUAAGUAUGCAAGUCCCUCCCCACAGUAGAUAUCCAGGGCGCACGUUUGUCGAUUGGAGGUUUUGAGGCUUGCGGGGAUCGAUCAUAGCCACGCAAAGCACACCGUCAACGUAACUAGAGAAAGUUGUUGUUUUUCAAUUAUUCUUCGGAUUAAAGUUCCAGGCGUGAAUUUGGAUAGGCAGAUACAUGUAAUAAUCUCGAAAACAGGACCUCGGAAUCUUGCCAGAAAGAUUACUAAAACCCUGACUUCAACACGAGCACCAAGACGCACGGCCAACAAGGAUUAGGCAGGAUAACCAGAGAGAAAGAAUGAAGGAAGAGUAUGAAAUCCAGGUUUACAUCGCCAUUGGCUAUAUGUCCAUCUUCUCUGUAGUGGGUACGAUUGGUAAUGCUCUGGUGUUGUACGUGUUCUCUCGAUAUAAGAACAAGCUUACAUCUACCAUUUUCAUCUUGACUCUGGCGGGUGUCGACUUCGUUACGUGUUGUGUGACAAUUCCCUUUACCAUCGCUACCGAAGCAGUCAAAUUCCAUUUGAAGUACGACAUAAUAUGCCAGAUUUAUCUAUUUCUGAUCACGACAACAGUUCCCUUUUCGGCAUUUGUGAUGGUAGCAAUAGCGGUGGACAGAUACUUGUGUAUUGUGUAUCCUUUCAAACAUGCGAUGACGAUUCGACGCGCAGAAAUUAUCGUUGGUUGCCUGUGUGGUUUUGCUGUUCUUCUCGGGAUAAUAUGCUGCUCUCAUUACAAAAUCAAACCCUUCCCAACAGAGAUUGUCCCCACCGUUUAUCAAAAUAUGACGCUUUUGCCUAACUCUUCCCUUAGUAACAGUACCCCAUUUGAUUACGUCUGUCUGCCGCAGGAAACGGAUUUCUUUUUCAUCUACCAGAAAAUCUAUUCAUCGUUCUUCGGAAUUUGUGCGCUCGUUGUCAUCAUUUUAUAUGGUUUAAUAUACAGGUCUGUUCUUGCACGUCGAAGGAAGAAGUUCGAGAUGUUCCUUUCCGACAAUUGCUGUGGGAUUUGGAGCUCUCAGAGCUUCUCCGAACAGACCGAGAUCACAGUUCUAAACAAUACGGAAGUGACGAACGCUCAAGAUGAUAACAGGGUAGAGGAAACAUGCGACAAAGCCGUGCAGAAAAACGGAAAUACACAGAUCAGUGACAGAGACGUCAUUUUAAAACCUGGUGGUGUGUCAAAGGCCAAACUUGAGAAAAUGCGAAUAGCAAAUAUUAAAACUGCGUUCAUGCUGUCUAUAGUGGCUCUGGUGUUUAUCGUAGCUUUUCUUCCUUCGUGGUUAGUGGCACUUAAGAUUCUCCCAUUAAACAUCAUUGUUAUAUACUUGUACUUUAUUUAUAAUGUUGCUAAUCCGGUCAUCUAUGCCUUUUUGAACGAGACUUUCAGAGAACAGUUAUCACAAAGGAUUUGCUGUCGUAGAUCUUAAUAGAGACAUUGCUGUGUAUCCGAAAUUAAUCCUUAUGAUUCGACGAUUACGUGUUUAUUGAAGUUACAUGUAAGAUUUCCACUGGGUGUCUCACGUUAUGUUCACAGAUUAUGUUUCUGUUCGCUGAAGAAGAAAAACAAUAACUAUGCAUAAGAUGUCAAUUUUGUUUUGGUUAGCGGCAUGUAAUUAUCCAUUAUGAGAACCAUGUACAUGUUUUCACAUUGAGAAAUAUGUUGUAUUUAUUUGAAUUGUGUUUAUCCGAAAGAAAGUAAAUCUAAUACCAAUUGAAA